GGCCCUUCAAUAAGUACUAGCCCAUGGGACCAGGUCUGGACUGGAGUCUGAGAUCAUUUUCCCAAGAUGGUUGACUCAUCUAGCUAUGGCUUGCUGCAGUAUUUUCAAAAACUCAGUGAUGAAGAGUUCCAGAGAUUUAAAGAGCUUCUCCAGAAAGAGCAAGAGAAAUUUAAACUCAAACCACUCUCCUGGACUAAGAUUAAGAACACUUCCAAAGAAGACCUGGUAACGCAAUUGUACACACAUUAUCCAAGACAGGUAUGGGAUAUGGUGUUGAACCUGUUUCUACAGGUCAAUAGGAAAGACCUCUCAACCAUGGCUCAGAUAGAAAGGAGAGAUAAACAAAAUAAAUACAAAGAGUUUAUGAAGAAUUUAUUUCAAUACAUAUGGACAUCUGAGACCAACACUUAUAUGCCUGAUAGAAGCUACAACACCAUUAUAGAUCGUCAAUACAAAGCAUUACUGGACAUAUUUGAUUCUGAGUCAGACCCAGCUACUGCAGUUGUAUUAGGUACUAGAGGAAAAGGAAAAACAGUUUUUUUAAGAAAAGCAAUGUUGGAUUGGGCAUCAGGAGUUUUACUGCAGAACCGGUUUCAGUAUGUUUUCUUCUUCUCUGUCUUCUCACUUAACAAUACCACAGAGUUAAGCUUAGCUGAGCUUAUCUCAAGUAAAUUGCCUGAGUGUUCUGAGACACUGGAUGACAUUUUAUCCAAUCCAAAGAGAAUCUUGUUUGUUCUGGAUGGAUUUGAUUACCUGAAAUUUGACUUGGAACUCAGGACAAACUUGUGCAAUGAUUGGAGGAAGAGGCUGCCAACACAAAAUGUUUUGAGCAGUUUGCUACAGAAAAUAAUGCUCCCAGAGUGCUCUCUGCUUCUUGAAUUGGGAGAGUCAAGUUGUUCAAAAAUUAUUCCUUUGCUGCAGAAUCCUAGGGAGAUCAUUAUGUCAGGAUUAUCUGAACAGUCUAUAUAUUUCUACUGUGUGUCCUUCUUCAAAAUUCAGUUGGGUGUAGAAGUCUUUAAGGAUUUAAAGAAAAACGAACCAUUGUUUACUUUAUGCAGCAAUCCUAGUAUGUUGUGGAUGAUCUGUAGUUCUUUAAUGUGGGGGCAUUAUUCGAGAGAGGAAGUAAUCUCUUCCAGUGAAUCAACAUCAGCUAUCCACACGAUAUUUAUCAUGAGUGCAUUCAAAUCAAUAUUUGGCUUGGGCUCAUCUAAAUACAAGAGGUUCAAAUUAAAGACCCUGUGCACCUUGGCUGUAGAGGGAAUGUGGAAACAGGUAUAUGUGUUUGACUCUGAGGACCUCAGGAGGAAUAAGAUAUCUGAAUCUGAUAAGACAGUGUGGCUGAAAAUGAAAUUUCUGCAAAUUCAAGGUAACAACAUUAUGUUUUACCAUUCUACACUACAGUGGUACUUUGCUACCCUGUUCUAUUUUCUCAAACAGGACAAAGACACAUAUCACCCAGUUAUUGGAAGCCUACCUCAACUUUUAGGAGAAAUAUAUGCUCAUAAACAGAACCAAUGGACCCAUGCACAGACAUUUUUCUUUGGAAUUGCCACUAAACAUGUGAUCACUUUGCUUAAACCAUGCUUUGGCAAUAUAUCAUUCAAAACAAUAAGACAGGAAAUCAUUAGAUACCUUAAAAGUCUCAGUCAACCAGAGUGUAAUGAGAAACUGGUGCAUCCCAAGAAGUUGUUCUUCUGUCUAAUUGAAAACCAGGAGGAAAGAUUUGUAAGUCAAGUGAUGAAUCUAUUUGAAGAAAUUACUGUUGAUAUUAGUGAUAGUGAUGAUUUGGGAGCAGCUGAAUACAGUCUGCUGCGAGCCUCAAAAUUGAAAAACCUUCACCUGCAUAUACAAAAGAAAGUUUUUUCAGAAAUCCAUGAUCCCGAAUAUGGUAGCUUAGAAAACUUUAAACUGGACCAAAAAUUUUCAGCCAUCAAUUGGACUAUGUUAUCCAUUCUUUUCUGUAACUUACAUGUGUUGGAUCUGGGCAGCUGUCAUUUCAAUAAAAAGGUCAUAGAGGUCCUCUGUAAUUCUUUGUCUCCAACUCCUAAUAUGCCUCUGACUGUUUUUAAGCUCCAAAGAUUGUUGUGUUCCUUCAUGACUAACUUUGGAGAUGGUUCAUUAUUUUGCACAUUUCUUCAGAUACCACAACUGAAAUACCUGAACCUGUAUGGCACUGAUCUCUCUAAUGAUGUGGUUGAGAUGCUGUGCUCAGCUCUGAAAUGUUCAACAUGUCGAGUGGAGGAGCUGUUGUUGGGAAAAUGUGACAUAUCAAGUGAGGCUUGUGGCAUAAUGGCAACUUUCCUUAUCAACUCUAAGGUGAAACAUCUCUCAUUGGUUGAAAAUCCCUUGAAGAACAAAGGAGUGAUGUUUCUGUGUAAAAUGCUGAAGGACCCAAGCUGUGUUCUGGAAUCACUGAUGUUGUCUUACUGCUGUCUCACAUUCAUUGCCUGUGGACAUCUCUAUGAAGCUCUUUUAAGCAACAAACACCUCUCUCUCCUUGAUCUGGGAUCAAAUUUCCUGGAAGAUAUUGGAGUGAACCUUCUGUGUGAAGCUUUGAAAUAUCCAAACUGCACCCUCAAGGAGUUAUGGUUGCCUGGUUGCUAUUUAACUUCAGAAUGCUGUGAAGAGAUCUCGGCUGUCCUGACUUGCAAUAAAAAUCUAAAGACCCUGAAACUUGGCAACAAUAACAUACAAGACACUGGUGUCAAACGGUUAUGUGAAGCUCUGUGUCAUCCUAAAUGUAAAGUGCAGUGUCUUGGGUUAGACAUGUGUGAGCUCAGCAAUGACUGUUGUGAAGACCUGGCAUUGGCUCUUAUCACUUGCAACACAUUGAAGAGCUUAAAUCUGGACUGGAAUGCCUUGCAUCACUCUGGGCUGGUGAUGCUCUGUGAGGCUCUGAACCACAAAAAGUGUAAACUGAAUAUGCUUGGACUGGACAAAUCUUCAUUUUCUGAGGAAUCACAGACAUUUCUGCAAGCUGUGGAAAAGAAAAAUAACAAUCUGAAUGUUUUGCAUUUUCCCUGGGUUGAAGAUGAACUCAAAAAGAGGGGGGUUCGUCUGGUAUGGAACAGCAAGAAUUGAUCUGUAACAAAGGCUUAUCCUUUUUUUAUGUUUCUCCUGUAUACCCUGUCCCAAGUUGUACACCAUGGUACUGGUGGCUGUCUCCAGAGCUGUUCUUCCACAUUGUUCCACCCCCACCCUUCUUUACAUCUCCCCUCACCACUUUGCAAUGUUUAUAUUACAAGCACAUUAAAUAAACACUAAGCAUGUUUGAAAA